AUGAAAGAACAUCGUAUACCAUCCAAAACAGCCGUGUCCCCCCACGACUAUGCCUGGGCCGAACUUGAAACGUGCAUAAAGACCUUCUCUGCAUUCCUCACACUCCACGUUAUGCCCUCUCUAUCGACGGUAACUGACUCAACGAUGAUGACGCCCACUCCCAUGCCUACGACUCCUUCCAUACAAUCCACCACUAGCCAGCAGGGGGGGAGCGAAGGUUCAGAUGGACAAGACGUAGGAGGAAUUGGGAGAAUACCCGUGGGACCAUCCUCUAUCCUGAGUACGGAGGUGCCGGUGCCGUCAGCGGCCUCCACAAUCGAUUCGCAAUCGAUAUCAUCAGCAAUUCCGGCUCCAAUAUCUACCGCCUCUCCCGCACCUGAUACCUCAAUCUCGCAACCACUUCCAUUUCCCACGAGUGACCCGGCCACUAUAUCGUCGCAGAUAUCGAGUGAUGGACAGGUUACAGGGGCAACACCAACGAGCGAUCCAGCGCCCGCAUCUGGCGAGUCCUCAAGUCUACCAACAGACGAUGUGUCUGCACAAGCUUCCGACGACCAGCAAGAGCCAGCGCAAACAUCAUUACCUGCAGGUUUGGACUCAGAACCAGUGGCAUCAAGUGUUGCACAGGCAGAGGCUGCAGGAAUUCUGGAGGCUGCAGCAACCCCACAGGCAAUUAGUGAUGUCUUGUCGAGUGCGUCAGGUGUGCCAUCCGCGUCUGAGUCAAAACCUCUUCUACCGACUUCAACCUCAAGUCCGGAGAUUGCCCCAUCUUUCUCGCAAGCGUUGUCACCAGUAUCUUCGAUUUUGAGCCCACAAUCUUCGUUACAAGCAGCUCCUUCAGCGACAGCUACACCUUCCAGCUUGGAUUUAGCCGCUCUCACUUCUAUUCUACAAGCAGUAGCAUCACCAUCGAUUUCAGCUGCCGGUGUGGUUGCUCUUGAGUCUUCCUCGCAGACAUCGAGUUCAGCAAUCACAAGCACGUCCAUCCUGCAAUCUUCGGGUUCAUCUACACCACCCUCAACAGCUACCCAGCUACCAGUGGACGCUCAACCAUCAGCAGACGCUCAACCAUCAGCAGACGCUCAACCAUCAGCAGACGCUCAACAAAUAGGAGGUCAACCUUCAGCAAUAUCAUUCCCUCCUGAUAAUUCAAUUAACAAUGGGAAUGCAGCUGUAUCUGGCUCCACCACUGCCAGUGCAGCGGUAGCAGUUGGUACUGCCACUUCAACGUUAGCAAAUAGUGAUAAUAUUGCCGCCAUAACAAGCUCAGCUACUCCCGACGCAGAACUAGUCACUACAGACGCAGCAGAUUUAGAACCAGCAAUCGCAGACGCAGCCAACGCAGACGCAGCCAACGCAGAUACAGCUAAUGGGUCCAGUUCGCUACUUCAGCUGGCUCCCAGCCCCACUACUACACCAUCCUCUGUAAAUGCAAUUGCCACGGAUGCGUUGGGUGUUGACAAUGAGGCAGUAGGCGGCCAAGCAUCAGCGGUAGCUUUUCCUCCAGUAGUACCGGACAACGGCAACAACCGCAAUGAAAAUCUCGCGUCUUCGUCAAUUAUCUCUACCGCCGUGGCUGCAAACACUGGCGACGCGUUGAAUGCUGUUUUGACUACCAGUCAAAAUGCAAAUGCUGCACCUCCGACUGGGACUGCUGCGUCUGUGAUAGCAUCAUCACCUCUAGUGGAAGCGUCUCCUCCAAGCAUAGGAAGCUCCUUUACUGCAGCAAAUGGCUCUCCUCCGGCGGGCCUGGGAUCCUCCUUUCCUCCAGCUAUCUCGGAAAACGCCGCCUCAAGAACCAAUGCCGCGAUAACUAGCAAAGCUUUCUUUACUGCAACGAAUGCAGGUCAACCUUCGCAGCAGACAUCAGGAGCCUCAGGUCAACUGGGCGCACAAGCGACGCAGACAUCUGCCACUGCCAUCUUUACCAGUUCCGCUGAGGAACAGCCACCAAAUACUGCUGGUCAGGCACCUGUACCACCUAGUCCACAGCCCACAGAUGCCUCUUCCACGGACCGUGUCAUAGGAAGUGCCUUUAGCCCUCCUGCUAUUGGUAGCACUGCUCCAACUGCAACCCAAGACAAUAACUUGAACCAGAAUAGCGAUUCAAACAAUAUCAUUGCCGCAAGCAGUACGAGCAGUGCCAUUAUAGACAAUGAACCAAGUGCGAAAAGCGAAAUUGCAGGCUCUGGUGCAAACAAUCAAGCCAAUGCUGCAGAAACUGUUUCAGCUCUCUCUGCACAGAUUACGCAGGAUCCUUUGGCAGAUAUUUCCAACUCUCCCCCCAGCGACGCUCUUGAUUCAGGACCAGAUGCAUCAGAUCCUUCCAGGCCAAGUAUAUCUGGCCUUGGGAAGGAGUUUAUGGGUACCGCAGACGCUGCAUCAUUACAGCCAACAGAUACGAUCAUUGAUGGGCCAGGCGCUAUCUCAUCUGCUUCAGCUGCAAUCGGCACAGCAACAUCACUGAUCACAAGCGCGGUUGCAUCACGGAGGCCGACUGGGACCAUAAACGGUGGGCCAUCGCCCACCGCUCCCAUUACCAGAGAAACUGCCGGUGGUCUAGCUACUAUCCGCAACGCAUUCUUGAAUCCAGACACAAGACCAGGGGCGAUUGGAACUCUCGUAGCGGUUAUCAUCAGCUUCCUGAUUGUUGUUGCCCUCAUCGUCUAUCUAUGGUUGUUCCUGCGCCGGAAGAAGCAGCAGCAGGGCAAUGCUAGUGAUACGCCUUCCUCAGGCGAUGGAGAAAAGGGCGAAUUGAACAUUAGCGGGCCGAUUAAUAGGACAACGCAAGAGGAUAUUGCAAACUAUGAUCCUUCUGCAGAGCUAAUGGGAAAUUCUGCUGGAUUGGAUUAUGGACCAUCGCAACCAUCACAGCUGGACAAUGCUUUGAUGGACAGAGCGUCAAGGCUAUCGAACUCGAGAAAGUCAUUCCUCGACAUCUAUGGUGGAACAACUCCAUACCCUCAAGAUGUUGUUGAUGGGAGUGGACGACCAUUGACCCAACAAUUCCUCAUGCCAGAGGCCGACAAGUUCCAAUUGAAAGGCUUGGGUCCCAUGUCACCUUUUGCUCCAAAAGUGCCAGGCUUGGGUUCAGCUGCUUCUCAUCAACGAAAUAUAUCGACCGCUUCUAAACUCUCAAAUUUGCCAGCAGACAUUAAUCCCGAUCUGCCAGCUCCCACAGCGGACCUAGAAAAUCCCUUCUCACCUACCGACCCAGCGCUGGCAUCCAGCCGCUUCAACCCCACCACCGAGACCAUCGACGAAGAUCCCUUUUCAGAUGAAAUGGUUUCCCCGCUCGCUCCUCUCGGCGCGGCAAAGAUAGGCACCAUGAAAUCGCAGAACCCGCGUAAAAAAAUGGGCCCAAAGCGUAGCGACUCGUGGAUGACCGUUAAUACGGUCGCCACCAGCAAACCCGCUCCACCACCUACAGCCGGCGGCAUCGGCCACAAUGACAAACCAUCCCGUACAGAUUAUGCCUCGGUCUACAUGCGCAAUCCCUUCGUCGACCCACCCGAAGCGUCCAAUGGCGCUGCUGUCCCAGCAAUGCCAGCAAUACCCAAACAUCUCCAAUCAAAGAAUUCCAACAGAAACGAACAAACAGAAAGCGUAACCCUGAUUUUUUCACCCACUACCGCCAACGCUCAAUAUAAUCACUCGCAACAUCAACCUGCUUCGACAAGACCACUCAGUGGUCCCGGUGAAACGGAAGUCAUGUACAACGGCGUCUUGGAUGAUUAUCCGCCCCGACCGCCUUCCACCCAUGUAGGCGUUGCCUCUGUGAGAGGUAGGGUUUAUGGUGUGGCGAGGAAGAGCAAUCCGUUUGAUCUGGAGGUCGAAGAUGAUGGUGGUGUUGGUGCUGCGGAGUCUCGGGACGAUGGAACAGUCAAGAGUGUGCGGAGCUGGUUGAGUGGGGUUGAGCAGGCGGAAAGAAACAGGAUGGAGAAUGAGAAUGUCAUCUGA